UGUGUAGCACGCGCAUGUCACUGCAGCACGCACAUAAAGCGUGCCUGCGCGACACAUCUCAGUAAGCAUCUCUAGAACCGCAUCGGUACUUAUUUCCGGAGCUGACGCUCGAGUCCGCCAUCUCGAGCGCUGUGCUUCCCAACAAGUCCGAGCGAGCACCGCCAACACCACACCCUCGCACUCGCACCCUAUCAUGUCCUGCCCCGACUGCUUCCGCGGCGGCGCUGCAACCGGCACGCCCAGCGGCACUAUGGAGUCCCUACACGGCAUACCCACCUACAUCGCAAACCCCCCGUCGGCAUCCCCAGCCAAUCCCACCCCCGCCUCGACCAUCGUCCUCUUCACCGACGCCUUCGGCCACCUCCUGCCCAACAACCUCCUCCUCGCUGACGCCCUCGCCGCACGCACCCACCUCACCGUGUUGGUCCCCGACAUCAUCCCCGGCGGCGGCAUGAGCCCGUCCAUCCUACCACUAAUGGACACCUUCGCCUCGGCGUCCGCCAGCGCGCUCGCGAAAUCCUGGGCCCUGGCGCGCGCCAUGCGGCACGUGAUCCCGUUCUUCGUGCGCGCGAGUCCGCAGAGCACCGCGUGCACGACAGCCUGCGAGGCGUAUGUGCGGGCGGUGCGGGGCGCGCUGGGCGCGGGCGCGAAGCUGGGCGUCGCGGGGUACUGCUGGGGCGGGUACGAGGCGUUGCAUGUUGCGCGGCAGGGGGGCUUGGUGGACGCCGUGUUUGUGGCGCAUCCGGCGCGGUUCGAGGUCGAGCAGGUGGUGGGUGCCGUGGGGAACGGGGUGAAAGUGGGGUUCGCGCAUGCGGGAGACGAUAUGUCGCUGCCCGGGGGGAAGGUGGAGGAACUGAGAAAGGUGCUUGAGGGAAGUGAGGCGCUGGAGGUGAGGGUUUACGAGGGGUGUGCGCAUGGGUUUGCGGUUAGGGCUACGCCGGGGAAGGAGAAGGAGGCCAGUGCGGCUGAUGAGGCGUUGGCCCAGGUUGUUGCGUGGUUUGAGAAGUGGCUGUGACGGUGGUUGAAGACGAAGGCAUUGGGGGAAGAUGGGUCUGACAUGCUCCUUCUGGUUGGUUUCAUCGAGCUGAAUACGGCCGUGCGAAAGAUGCCUUGCGAAAGAUGCCUCGAUGAAGAUACCUACUCUGCGAAAGAUUCUUACCUUGCGAAAAAUUCCUACCUUACGAAAGACACCUACCUUGCGAACAUUAUCUUUGUCCAUGUCGCGAUGAGCUUUAAUGCUGAAUGUUGUGGUAAAUUUGGGCCAGACGCGUAAUGCUGAUAUUGAAGCGAGUCUGGUCUCAGAGUGCCUCGACGUCCGUUCCGAAUUGGCGACCAGCGA